AUGUCACGGUUUCCUGUUAUGUUUACUUGUCUCGUUACUACCGGUGUCAUCAUGUUCCGUAGUAACAGCAUUGGCCUGAGAUGUAUCGAGAGUGAGAGAGAACAACUUGUGGAAUUCAAGGAAGGCCUCAUCGAUCGUUUGGGAAAUCUUUCCUCGUGGGUCGGAUUGGAUUGCUGCAAAUGGAGAGGAAUCAUUCUCGGAGACCCAAUUCCCAUGUUCUUAGGCAUGUUAAACAACUUGAGAUACCUGAAUCUCUAUGGUUCAGGCUUUAGUGGAGAGAUUCCACCCACCUUGGGAAUUAUCGCACUUGCAGAGCUUACAACUCUGGUACUCAUUAAUUGCUUGGUUGGUCCUUCUUUUCCAGUUUGGCUGCAAGUUCAGGCCCAUCUUUUCUAUGUUAUACUUUCAAAUGCUGGGAUCUCGGACACCAUAGAAGAAGAAUGGUUUGCCAGGUCCUAUAGCGGACAACGUUGGGGAGCUGAUGCCAUGGUUGGAAACUUUGUUUCUUUCUCGGAACCAGAUCAGCGGCAGGCUGCCAUCAUGGAUAUGCAAGAUGAAGCGGCUGAAAUUUCUCUCUGUCGGUCACAACAGAUUCUUCGGACAACUCCCGGAUUGUUGGAAAAAUUGACAAGCUUGAAACUUAUGGAUGCCUCCAACAAUAGCCUCUCAGGUGAAAUCCCAAGUUCCUAA